CAAUUUUAGUUCACACUUCAUUCCCGCGUAACGAAAAACGAUCGCACCACCUGCAAUCGUUCAAGUAUCUACACCCAGCCAAAUCGGUUGCACUUUUCAGGGCUAAUGGCAUUAGUUCCAUCAAGUCUUCCCCAAGUCACGGCAGCAAACAGAGCAGACCAAUUUGUACACGUCAAUUUGCACACUUGGCAUCUCUUCUAUUAACAAUUCGAGAUGCUUGGCACAGAACGCCUUUCGCAUCUGUUGUGUCUUCCGAUCUGGUUCUGCUGUGCGCUGCGAUGUAUCGACGGGCUCGAGAACGGACUCGCCCAAACCCCUCCCAUGGGCUGGAUGCCAUUCGAGAGAUUCCAAUGUACUGUUGACUGUAUUCAUUUCCCCAGGGAUUGCAUCAGUGAGUCGCUCUUUAAGCGCACAGCAGAUCUUCUAGUCUCCGAGGGCUAUGCAGCCGUGGGAUUCCAGUACUUGAUAAUCGACGACUGCUGGAUGGAGAGAAUUCGCGAUACGUCCACUCAGAAGCUCCUGGCCGAUAGGAAACGUUUUCCCAGCGGAAUGUCUGCUCUGUCCCGCUACAUUCAUGGACGAGGCCUGAAAUUUGGCAUAUACCAUGACGUGGGUCAGCAGACUUGUAUGUUCCGCGGUCCUGGGGCUCGGGGACACUUCGAGCUCGAUGCCCAAACCUUCGCCGAUUGGGGCGCAGACUACGUGAAGUUAGACGGGUGCUAUGCCACUGAGUCCGAGCGGAACAGAGGGUAUCCCGCCUUUGGCAAGGCCAUGAACAGGACUGGUCGGACGAUGGUCUACUCUUGCAGUUGGCCGUUCUACACUGAGAAACCCGACUACAGGUUGAUAGCGAAGCACUGCAAUCUUUGGCGGUUCGCAGAGGACAUCACGGACUCGUACACAUCAGUCUUCAGGAUAAUGGAGCUAUACCGCAGAAACCAGGAGCUUCUAUUAGCCCAUGCUGGUCCUGGUCGAUGGAAUGACCCGGACAUGCUGGUUUUAGGUAACUUUCGUCUCAGCUAUGACGCCAGCAGAUUGCAGCUGGCUAUAUGGUCGGUGAUCGCAGCUCCUUUGAUAAUGACCAAUGACUUGGAGACUGUGCGCCCGGAAAUAAAGGAACUUCUUCAGAACCGAGAAGUCAUUGCUGUAAAUCAGGACUUGCUUGGGAUGCCCGGAAAGUGCGUCAGGGCAUCGAAAUACUUUCAGGUGUGGGUACGUCCAGUCACCCCGGUCAACGACCUUGGCCAACACUCCUUUGCAGUGGCUUUUGUAAAUCGGGGAGGCUUUGACGCCUGCCCCUUGUGCCCUCGCAACUUCGAAGUCGUCUUGGAGCGUCUGGGUCUGGACAGCCCCACGGGCUAUUAUGUUGUGGACCUGUUCAACAGCAGUAGCAACAUGGGCAUGUUCAAGCCGAAUGACGCCUUCAACACUCGAAUCAAUCCAGAAGGAGUGACGUUCUACAAGUUUACAGUAGCGCCCCUCUACUGAUUUGAACAGUUUUCUUCAGAGUAUUUAUAAAUCGAGAGGUCUAUAAGCUCAUCCACUCAGUGUUCAAAUCUAAGAGUGUAUCCGGAGUAUAUGCCACAAAAAGCCACAGAUGAAUAUUUAUCAACGUAAUCCAGUGCCAUGUGGCGCGCUGGUUAUUGUUAUUCGAAAUAUAUAUACAUACAUACAUGCA